AUGAUAUUUGGUUCCGUGAAAGUAAUACCAAAUAUUUAUAUUGUUCGUGGAUUAAGUAAUGAAAAGAAAAAAAUAAGGUCAACUCUAAAUUAUAUGAUAGCACUUGGUGUUAUGACUGUGGGAUUAAGUUAUGCGGCAGUACCAUUGUAUAGGAUAUUUUGUCAGGCAUACAGUUACGGAGGUACAACAGGACAAGCAGAGGCAGCCGUGGCUGUCAGUAAUAUGAAAACUGUAAAGGAGCGACCAAUCAAAGUGCGUUUCAAUGCCGAUGUAGCUUCGUCCAUGCAGUGGAAUUUUAAACCACAACAAGGAGAUAUCACGGUGCUCCCCGGAGAGACAGCGCUAGCUUUCUACACUGCGCGCAACCCGACCGACAAGCCGGUUAUAGGCAUCAGCACGUACAACGUGAUCCCGUUCGAGGCCGGCCAGUACUUCAACAAGAUCCAGUGCUUCUGCUUCGAGGAGCAGAUGCUUAACCCGCGUGAACAGGUGGACAUGCCGGUCUUCUUCUACAUAGAUCCCGAGUUCACGGAGGAUCCGAAAAUGGAGUACGUGGAUGAGAUAGUGCUAUCUUAUACGUUCUUUGAGGCCAAGGAGGGUCUGAAGCUGCCGGUGCCGUCCUACGUGAAAUGA